AUGUAUUUUGCCAAAAGGCUGACUCAGAUUGCUUCAGAUGAUCCUGUAGAUUGGAUGAAGCAACCACCAACUUGUCUGGCCAUACAAGGCCUUCUCAGACCUGCAUUUGAUGAGGAACAUACCGACAUCCAGAGGCAUAUGUCUGGUAAUAAAUUCUGUAAUUACGAAGAAGAUCAAGUUGGGAAAGAGAAAGCAGAAAGCAAAAGAAAUGAUCUUGGUGCAAUCAAUGGUCAGGAAUCCGAGCCUGCACCAUCUGAAGAUGUUCCGGGUAGGGCAGAGAAAGAUGUGACUGGCCCAGCGACUGGGACUUCAUUUUACAAGCUUGAACCAAUAAAGAUCCAGCUUAUUUCAGCUGAUGGACAUCAAACGUCGGUUGCACCAGACGAUUUUAGGAAUGCCAAGCCUGAUGUCAUUGCUCACUCAUCAGCCAAGAUCAUAUCCCGUCUCAAAGAUGGUGGUGAAAAGGUCACGGAAGCCCUGAUAUCUCUGUGUUGGAGAUGUAAAGGCAUCCAAGUUGAGGAAGCAACCCUUAUAGGCGUGGAUUCUCUGGGUUUUGAUUUGAGGGUUUGCUCUGGAACUCAAGUCCAAACAUUGCGGUUUGCAUUCAACUCACGGGCCACUUCGGAAUACAGCUCAGAGAGACAACUGAACGAUCUACUAUACCCAAGGAUCACCCAAAGGCCCCUGAAACAGAAAGUGACUCAGCAAAAUGAACAUCAGUAG